AUGACGGGCGGCUGCUUCAAUGUAGAUGCAGAUUUAAAUCACUCGCGAUUCCAAACAAGUUCUAGUCUAGUAUGCAUGGCGAACAGUCGCUCAAGACGCAAUAUUGUGCUUCGCUUCUGCGCUCUGGGUGCCUCUGUUGUUCGGCAUCCUAGCAGUCCCGGUAGUCUCUAUCUGGGAGGCCCUUACAUGAAUGAGCUUCGAGGAUGA